AUGGCGGGCCGGUGGCGGCGGCGGCGGCGCUGCCGGUGGCCGAAUUUUGGGAAUUUUGGCUCUGAAAUUGGGGAGUGGAUUGGGAAAUUUGGGAAUUCCGGGAAUGUUGGGAAUUCCCAGCUGGAUUGCCCCCUGGCCAUGGAGCGGAUCCGCGAGGAUCGACCGAUCACCAUCAAGGACGACAAAGGGAACCUGAACCGCUGCAUCGCCGACAUCGUCUCCCUUUUCAUCACGGUCAUGGACAAACUGCGCCUGGAGAUCCGCGCCAUGGACGAGAUCCAGCCGGACCUGCGGGAGCUGCUGGAGACGAUGGCGCGGAUGAGCUCCCUGCCCCCCGACUUCGAGGGGCGCCACAAAGUCACCGAGUGGCUGCAGACGCUGAGCGCGAUGUCGGCCUCGGACGAGCUCGACGAUUCCCAGGUCCGGCAGAUGCUCUUCGACCUCGAGUCCGCCUACAACGCCUUCAACCGCUUCCUGCACGCCUGAAUCCCGCCUAAACCGGUCCCGACCGGUCCCGACCGGGCCCAACUGGAGCCCCCAGGAGUUUGGGAUCAUAAACCGGAUGAGAAAAAUCCCAAAAAUCCACAAAAUCCCAGAGAAAUUCCGUUCUUUUCUCCUCAUUUCUGGAUCAAACUGGGAGCCAUUCCCAGUAAAAAACAGUUAAAACCAGUUCAAACCAGUAAAACCAGUUCAAACCAGUUCAGACUGGUUCAAACCAGUUCAGACCAGUCCAAACUGGAGCCCCCAGGAGUUUGGGAUAAUAAACGGGAUGAGAAAAAUCCCAAAAAUCCACAAAAUCCCAGAGAAAUUCCGUUCUUUUCUCGUCAUUUCUGGAAGCCGUUCCCAGUUAAAACCAAUUCAGACCAGUUCAAACCAGUUCAGACCGGUUCAGACCAGUUCAAACCAGUUCAGACUGGUCCAAACUGAAGCCCCCAGGAGUCUGGGAUCAAAAACGGGAUGAGAAAAAUCCCAAGAAUCCCCAAAAUCCCGGAGAAAUUCCGUUCUUUUCUCGUCAUUUCUGGAUCAAACUGGGAGCCAUUCCCAGUUCAAACCAGUUCAAACCGGUUCAGACCGGUUCAGACCAGUUCAGACUGGUCCAAACUGAAGCCACCAGGAGUUUGGGAUAAUAAACGGGAUGAGAAAAAUCCCAAAAAUCCCCAAAA